CUCAAAGGAAGGCCUCAGAUAUCACACCCUUACACACACUGGUGUGAAGAACUAUGAAUGUAAGGAAUGUGGGAAAAAAUUCAUCCUGAAGAGUACCCUUGAUACACACACCCUUACACACACUGGUGUGAAGAACUAUGAAUGUAAGGAAUGUGGGAAAAAAUUCAGCCGGAAUAGUCACCUUGAUAGACACACCCUUACACACACUGGUGUGAAGAACUAUGAAUGUAAGGAAUGUGGGAGAAAAUUCAUCCGGAAUAGUCACCUUGAUAGACACACCCUUACACACACUGGUGUGAAGAACUAUGAAUGUAAGGAAUGUGGGAGAAAAUUCAGCCGGAAGAGUCACCUUGAUAGACACACCCUUACACACACUGGUGUGAAGAACUAUGAAUGUAAGGAAUGUGGGAAAAAAUUCAGCCUGAAGGGUUACCUUGAUAUACACACCCUUACACACACUGGUGUGAAGAACUAUGAAUGUAAGGAGUGUGGGAAAAAAUUCAUCCAGAAGAGUGACCUUAAUAGACACACCCUUACACACACUGGUGUGAAGAACUAUGAAUGUAAGGAAUGUGGGAAAAAAUUUAUCUGGAAGCGUCACCUUGAUACACACACCCUUACACACACUGGUGUAAAGAACUAUGAAUGUAAGGAAUGUGGGAAAAAAUUCAUCCAGAAGGGUACCCUUAAUAGACACACCCUUACACACACUGGUGUGAAGAACUAUGAAUGUAUGGAAUGUGGGAAAAUAUUUAGCCCGCAGGGUCACCUUGAUAAACACACCCUUACACACACUGGUGUGAAGAACUAUGAAUGUAUGGAAUGUGGGAAAAUAUUUAGCCCGCAGGGUCACCUUGAUAAACACACCCUUACACACACUGGUGUGAAGAACUAUGAAUGUAUGGAAUGUGGUAAAAUAUUUAGCCCGCAGGGUCACCUUGAUAAACACACCCUUACACACACUGGUGUGAAGAACUAUGAAUGUAUGGAAUGUGGGAAAAUAUUUAGCCGGAAGGGUCACCUUGAUAAACACACCCUUACACACACCGGUGUGAAGAACUAUGAAUGUAUGGAAUGUGGGAAAAUAUUUAGCCGGAAGGGUCACCUUGAUAAACACACCCUUACACACACUGGUGUGAAGAACUAUGAAUGUAUGGAAUGUGGUAAAAUAUUUAGCCCGCAGGGUCACCUUGAUAAACACACCCUUACACACACUGGUGUGAAGAACUAUGAAUGUAUGGAAUGUGGGAAAAUAUUUAGCCGGAAGGGUCACCUUGAUAAACACACCCUUACACACACCGGUGUGAAGAACUAUGAAUGUAAGGAAUGUGGGAAAAUAUUUAGCCGGAAGGGUCACCUUGAUAAACACACCCUUACACACACCGGUGUGAAGAACUAUGAAUGUAAGGAAUGUGGGAAAAUAUUUAGCCGGAAGGGUCACCUUGAUAAACACACCCUUACACACACCGGUGUGAAGAACUAUAAAUGUAAGGAAUGUGGGAAAAAAUUCAGCCGGAAGGGUGCCCUUAAUAGACACACCCUUACACACACUGGUGUAAAAAGUUAUGAGUGUGAAGAGUGCGGGAAGAAAUUCAGUGUAAAGUCAGCACUCGAUCUACAUGUCUUCAGACACUAUGGCCUUAGAGAGUUCAAGUGUGAUGUUUGUGGAAAGCUCUUUAAGACAAAGAGUGACAUCGCCCAACACAUGAGGAUCCACUUCUGAAGUGUGUCUGCCCACAGUAGUUAUA